AAUUUAUUCUUUUAUAAAACAUAUUGAUCACCUACUUCCUUCCAUUAGGUCACAAGGUGUUAUUUUUGUCCAACACACAUUUUCACAUAAGUAUUCUAUUCAUAGAGCACGGUAGGCAAAAGCCCAGUAGACAGGAUUACUGGUGCACAGUUGGAGUGAAACAACGACAGCCACCAGCUCAAUACACGCUGUGUCUUACUACCCGUCACUGCAUUCAUGCUACAAGUAACAACAGAAUGUAACAUGUGCAAAUGUCUUUUAUUUGGUGUUGCACAGGCCCACAACAUGAUGUUUGAUUAUCUUUUCUUAGCAUGUACAAUUACUGACUGCAAUCGAAAUCAGUAAUGUGAUUUUGAUUUCUCUAUUGUUUAUUUACUUUUUAGUUAGUAGUGUUGUGUGACACACACACACACACACACACACACCCCGGACCCUUCAUCUGCUCACUAUGUCGUCCCUGGAGGAAGAGCAAACCUGCUCUGUGUGUCGAGACUUCUUCAGCCAGGCCCACCCCCUGCCCUGUGGUCACAGCUUCUGCUCCGCCUGCAUUCGUGAAGCUUGGAGCGUCCAGGCUGAGGGCAAAAGUCGCUUCACCUGCCCCCAGUGUCAGGAGGAGCAUGGUGAAGUGCUGUGUGACUGCUGUCCUCCUGGGGCAGCAGACGGACAGCCACUGGUGGCUGUCAAGACCUGCCUGAAGUGUGAAGUGUCACUGUGUGCUGAACACCUCCAACCCCAUUUGGAGAGACCUGCGUUUAGCACCCACCUAUUGGUGGAUCCGCUGGGGGACCUCUCCCAGCGAAAGUGCCCGACACACACAGAGAUAUUGCGCUACUACUGUGCCGAUGAGAGGGUGUAUGUGUGUAGUGACUGUCUGCUGGACGGAGGCCACGCUCAGCACAAAGUGAAGGCAAUGAAACAAGUGGAAGAGGAUCUGAAGAUUAUUCUCCAGACCCUGCUCAGCAAAGCAGAGGAGAAGCUAAAAGAUGGAGUGCAAAUCCUCAAAGAGCAUGAGGCCAUUGAUUCAACCAUGGCUGACUCUUUAAAGAAGGAUCACACCCAGGUGGAGCGGCUGGGUUCAGACCUGCAGGUCCAGGUGAAAAGGCUGGUAGACGCUCUGAGGGAGAUCACCAAGAGGGAGAAACAGCAGGUCAUAAAGCGUGUGCAUGAAGACUGCUCCAGGGUGAGAAGCGACAUGUGCCAGGCGCUAAGCAUACAGCACUACCUGGCCUCACUGCUGGCAGAGACGGACCCCUUCCUGCUCAUCUGGGCCUUUCAAUCAGAUGACACAAAGUUACUAGCCGACCUCAACAACCCGCUUUUCAUCCCUGAUGCCGUCAGUCUGGACAGGAAACACAUCUUGGAGGACAUCGAGAGCAAGUAUCGAGAGUUUAUCACCGGCACCCUCCGCUGCCUCAGUGAACUCAAGAGGGAGCUUUUAAGCAGUCCUUUGACUCUGGACACUAACACAGCCCAUCCUCUGUUGAGCAUCUCUGAUGAUCUUCGCUCAGUGACACGGGUUAAAAGCCGCCUGCCCUGCGCUGCUCACCCCGAACGUUUCGACCACUGGCCGCAGGUCCUCACUGCCCAGGCCUUCACCUCUGGGACUCACUACUGGGAGCUGGAGGCUGAGGGAUUCUGGGAUAUUGGCAUCUGCUAUAGAAGUAUUGGACGGAAGGGGAAAGAUGGAAACGCCUUUGGGAACAACAAGGUAUCAUGGAGCUUGACACAGCAGCAUGACAGGAAGCUGGCUGCCUGGCACAACCGCAGGAAGACCCGCCUAACGUACCAAAUGACCGGCAAUCGAGUUGCUGUUGCUGUGGACUAUGGUGCAGGCACCGUCACUUACUCCGAGGUGGGACCAUCAAACAGCCUGACCCACCUCUACACUUUCUCCACCUUGUUCACUCAACCUGUGUGCUUGGGCUUUGGACUCUACAAAGCUGAGCUCAACAGCCGAAUCUCUAUUGUCAAACUCUGAGGUGGAGAAAAGGGGAAGAAGGAAAAAAAUAAUGCCGACAGACAACAGGUUGAUUUAACUUAGACAAGCCAAGACAAAGUGGUGUUAAUUUAUUUCCCCACUUCUCGAGCCUCUCUGAUGUUUCUCUUCUCUCAGAUCUCAGUCCGAGCUCAUCUUCUUCCUCAAAAAGACACCAAAACAUAUCCCUAAAACUGUGAUCAGGUGAUAUUGACAUUGAAAUAUCAGAUAUAUUUGAAAAAAGAGCAUUAUGUGAGUGAAUUUGAGCGGAUCUUAUUUGGACAGCAAAUGAAGAGGCUUCUUUGAAAAAGGACAA